AUGGAUAUUGAGGUUUUUGGCUGGAACGGACGGGGUUCUUGCAAUACCAGUGAGGUUCCAUUUGGAGUAGAGGAUGGAAGAAUAAAGAAUUCUCAGAUUUCAUCAUCAACUGAUGAAAAUGGAUUUUCUACAUCAAAAGGCAGAUUAAACGGUGCAGACUCUUGGUAUUCCACAAAUGAUGAUCAGAAUCAUUGGCUCCAAGUCGAUCUUGGCAAAAAGAAACUUGUUACAGCGAUUGCCACUCAAGGUUUUGGUAAUAGUUGGGUGAAGACUUAUUCGAUCUCUUACGGUGUGGAUAAAGAAAACCUCACUUCAUACAAAAUUAUUGCAACUCAGAAGGUGUUCGAUGGAAAUACGGACGAAAAUUCUGUUGUGACAAAUGUCUUAUCACCAGCUGUAACAGCUCGUUUUAUCCGCAUACACCCAAAGACAUGGAACAGUCACAUUUCCUUGAGAGUGGAACUUUAUGGUUGUCAAAGAGGUAGGAUUAAAAGCAGUGCAGGCAAAAGUUUGCAAAUAGUAAUUGUACAUUUGAACAUUUUCCUCUUCAUUGCGUUUUUCUAA